AUCUGAAUUGAUUUUGAAAUUUUUUUAAAAAUUAUCGAUCGAUUAAAAAUGAGUUUUCGAGGACGAUCUCGUGCACGUUUUGGUUUUCGUGGUAUGGCCAGUUCAUCUGGUUCAUCACAUCAACAACAACGCGAACAAUCAGAAAUUGGACAACCAAAACAAGAAGAAAUUCGAUCACAAAUUUCUGAAUUAUCAAUUCAAGAACGUAGUGGUCUAACAACACAUGAACUUCGAUCAACAAGACGUCCUUCAGUUAGUUCUCGAGAACAAAAAGAUCAAUCCAGUAGCCGACGUGAUGAUGAAGACCCAAGUAGCUAUGGUGAACGAAGUGCCGGACGUGGAAACAGUGAUCGUGGUAGCGGCCGUGGCGGUUUAAGUGGUGGCCCUGGUGGUGAUCGCAUGGCACCAAAAAGUUUUUCAUCAUAUCCGGAAACACAGGAAUAUCCCAUUGUAAUGCCUAACGAAGUCGAACGCGGCGUCAAAGGUCGUAAGAUUGAAUUAUUGGCAAAUUACAUGCGGGUUAAUGUUCAACCUACUAUCGUCUAUCAAUAUAAUAUUGAUUUCAAUUUCAAAGACGAAGAUGAACGACGACGACGAACAAAAGUGGGCAAAAUGGUUUACAUUGUCACACAGAAAGGACAUCAAACUCGUUUUGCAUUAACACAGCCAACUGGUCCAUCGGAUCGUCCAUUGCAUAAUGUUCCAUCAGGAACUGUUGUUGAUCAUACGAUUAUUGAUCCAACUUAUUGUAUGUUCUUUAUCAACUCACAUUUUUCACCAUUGGGAACAUCACGUCCAUUGAAAUACGUUGUUUUGCAUAACGAUUAUGAACGACGACAAAUGAGCAUGGAUGAUUUGCAAAAAAUUUGUUUCUAUCUUUGCCAUAAUUGUACUCGUUAUCGUGGUGGACCGAUUGCAAUGCCAAUUCCGGUUCGUUAUGCUGAUCUUUGUGCUUAUCGUUCGAAAAUGCAUCUUGAAGCACAACAUGCAAGCAAACAUAUUCCGGCUGAAAAUCAGGAAGAGUUUGAACGUCAUGUUAUUUCAAAAUUGAACAAAUUGGUAAAAUUGAAUGAUAAUAUAAAAAAUUCACUUUUCUAUUGUUAAAAACAUCAUACUAUCAUUAUAUUAUGUA